GUGCGAUUUUUUUUUUUUCUUUUUUUGAUUCAUCAUUCAUCAUUCAUCAUAGCAUAUAUGUAAUGCAUCAGAAGAAAUCCGAAGUUCAGAUCGGAACAGAAAGCAGCGGUAUCUCUUCCGAUUUCAAUCCAACACCGCCUCUCCUCCCAAUCCACCAGAAGCACAUCCAUCAUCAAUUCCACACCACCCAAUCCAAUUCCUUCCCUCAACCCUUAAGCCUUCUUCAAAUCCAAAUCUCAAACCCUUUAUCUUUCUCUUCCUCAUCUUCAUCCCCAUUAUACAACCCUCAAUCUUCACCAACAUCAGCAACUCCACCCUCACAAUCUCAAUCACCGACUACUGCAAUCAACACCACAACAUCAUCUGUAACCCAUCAAAAUCAAACCCACCACAAUGCGAUCACAAACCCAUCAACCAAGACCCUUCUCUCUACUGCCCAUAAGAGACCCAUUAUGAACCACACCCCUUCUUCCACCCUCUCCCACUCACCCACCUUAUCUUCCCUUCACCACCACAACAACAACAACCAUCUCCACCAAUCACCUUAUUCUCCUUCGAAUUCUUCGUCUUCGCCGGCUUCACCCUGUCCCUCUCCGCUGCAGAUAUCAUUGGCCACCAGGGCUGCUGCCUUCCGCCUCCUCCGCCACCUCCGUCACGUCCGCCGCAUCCGCGUCCACCUCCGCCUCCUCAUCCUCUUUUCCUUACCCUCUUUCUAUUUCUUCCUUUUCAACCCUCGCCGUUCAUUCCUCCUCGACUUCCUUUCUGCUCUCGCUUUCUCUGCCGCUCUUCUUCUCUCCAUUAACCUCGCCCUUCCUCGCCUGCCCUCAAUCCGUCUACUCCUGGCCCGCUCAUUCCCUCUGAAGCUAUCCUUUUCCGCUGCUUCUCGCCCUCCUGCGCCGGUUCUUUGGUCAAUUGGGUCGAAGCAGAAAUCUGAGAGAAGGGUCGAUUCGGGUUGCGCGGUUCAGGUAUACAGUAAUGGAGAUGUCUAUGAGGGUGAAUUUCAUAAGGGUAAGUGCUCUGGCAGUGGUGUUUAUUACUAUUACAUGAGUGGGAGGUACGAGGGUGACUGGGUCGACGAGAAGUAUGAUGGAUAUGGUGUGGAGACUUGGGCGAGAGGGAGUCGAUAUCGAGGCCAGUACAGGCAGGGCCUUAGGCAUGGCUAUGGAGUGUAUAGGUUCUACACUGGUGAUGUUUAUGCAGGAGAAUGGUCAAACGGGCAGAGUCAUGGGUGUGGAGUUCAUACCUGCGAGGAUGGAAGUCGGUAUGUUGGAGAAUUCAAGUGGGGUGUUAAGCAUGGCCUUGGCCACUACCAUUUCAGAAAUGGAGACACCUAUGCGGGAGAAUAUUUUGCGGACAAGAUGCAUGGGUUUGGUGUCUACCGUUUUGCAAAUGGCCAUCGGUAUGAAGGAGCCUGGCAUGAGGGAAGGAGACAAGGUCUUGGAAUGUAUACAUUCAGGAAUGGAGAGACGCAAUCUGGACACUGGCAAAAUGGUGUUCUCGAUAUUCCAAGCACACAGAACACACACCCUGGAUCUCCCAUUGCUGUGAACCAUUCCAAAGUAUUGAAUGCUGUCCAGGAAGCACGACGAGCAGCAGAGAAAGCAUAUGAUGUUGCGAGAGUUGACGACAGGGUGAACAAGGCUGUAGCGGCCGCCAAUAAAGCAGCCAAUGCAGCACGAGUUGCAGCUGUGAAGGCUGUCCAAAAGCGAAUGCAUCACAACAGCAAUGAUGAUAUACCAAUGCCAAUCGUGUGACACUUAAUGCGCCACUCACCAUCACGCUCCUAGUCCAAAUUGACAACAAAUAUAACAAAUUAGGGAGAGCAAGUGAAGGGACAAUGGAAUAUUGUCAAGCGAAAUUUUCUGUCACAGCCUUUUCUUUUAUGUUGUUACUACCUUUCUUCUUUCCUGCAUUUCUCUUUCCCUUUUCACUAAGAGGAUGCAACAAUGAGCUACCAGCUUGGAACCAACUUUCAGUUGAAGAUGACUGACUUGAGGAGCAGGUUGAGGUAAUCUCUUUUUGCGUCAAUGUGAUAUGUAUAUAGGAUGAGCUAGAGGUUUUUAGUGAAGGGCUGGCACUGACAAUGUGCUGUUUUAGGUGGGAUUUUCAUAAUUUUGUUGCUUAUUUGGUUAGCUAGUUGUAAUGAAAGUGCUAAGGUGCCGAGAUGAUCCUUCAGCCCUGGCACUUUGUUGUAUGUGAACUAUGGCUUUUGUAUAAGAGAUCAAAGGGAGUUGGUGACAUUAUAUAACCACAACUCCCCUCCUUUAUACCAUCA